CCAGCACUGACAAUACCACAACGACACAGCCGUCCAGAACAACAGCGGGUUAUCGCCAUCCCAGUACAUAUUCAUUUGCUGUGUCUAUCCCCCAAUAUCACAUCUUGACCAUCAUCACAAGUCCUCCCGCGCUGGGAGACAAACCGUAAAUAUGGCAGACGACCAGGUCGAGCAGCUGCUUCGUCAGUGCAAAAUCUGCAUCGUUUGCUCCAAGGAGCUUAACGAAGACUCUGCUAUGCAGUUGGAUAUCCUGAUCAAAGAUCAUGGGGGCGAGGUUGCCAUACACAAAGCGCCCGCGCCAUUUCCUCCCAUCCAUGAAUUCACACACAUAAUCUCAUCCACAGCGGAUUUCCCAGCCUAUCAAUCUGCCUGCGAUGCACUGAUUCCAGUAGUCAAGCCUCAGUGGUUACAGACAUCCAUCGCAAGACACAAACUCGCCAAUCCGCGCCAGUUCAAUCCGGACCCCAGAUUUUUUUUCAGUGAUGUCGUCGUAACGUGCGGCGAUAUCCCAGAAGGCGAUAAAGAUGCCAUUAUUGGCGGUGUCAUAGCAAUGGGUGGACUAUAUUCGCCAAGAGUGACCUCUCAAGUGACGCAUUUGGUUGAUCUCAGCAUGGACUCGGACAAAGCAAAGACGAUUGUCGCCAAAAAACUAGGGACAAAGAUUGUACUCCCUCAUUGGUUUGAUGAUUGUUUGAAACUUGGACGAAGAAUCGACGAAAGACCAUACACUCUUCCAAACCCUGAAAUUCUUCGUGCUAGUCCCAACGCGCCGAUCCGAAAGGCCGAAAACGCAGAUAUUGUGGGCGCUUCCACGUCAAACCCCACUACAUUACCUACCACCAAAGACCAGAAUCGCAACCUGAAUGUCUUGGAAGGCAAGAAUGUCAUGCUUGCGUCUAACCUCGGCAUUGGGUCUCAUUUACUCGCAUCUAUUGAGGAUUUGAUCCACCAAGCGAAUGGCGUUGUCACUAAGGACUUGACUAAAGCAAAUAUGCUCAUUUGUCGAUAUCGAGAGGGUUUCGAAUAUCGCACAGCGUCGCGAUGGAACAAAGACGUCGGGAAUUUAUCGUGGCUCUAUCAUCUCAUCACGCACAAUGCUUGGACAUCUCCCCUACGGCGGCUUCUACAUUACCCUAUUCAUCGCGAUGGUAUUCCCGGAUUCAAGGGGUUGCAAAUCAGUCUGUCCAACUAUGCCGGUGAAGCACGCGCGUAUCUUGAAAAUCUCAUUCAAGCUGCUGGUGCUGAGUGCACAAAAACCUUGCGACAAGAAAAUACACAUCUAAUUACAGCGCACGGCGGCAGUGAUAAGUGUACAGCAGCUAAGGAAUGGGGCGUACAAAUCGUCAAUCAUCUUUGGCUUGAAGAAAGUUACACCAAAUGGAAAAUGCUCCCAGUUUCGGAUCCCCGGUAUACUCAUUUCCCUCGACGAACGAAUCUAGGAGAAGUGGUCGGCCAGACAAGGCUUGAUAGAAACGUGCUCGAACAGAUAUUUUUCCCUGCAGAAGCUAGCACUGAUGAAUCGCGAGUUAUGCGACAAAAAGAUCAGAACAUCGCAGCCAACCUCGAAAGCAAUGGCAUGAGCCCACCCAAGAAACAGUCCAAGUCCGCUGCGCAAUCACCUUCUGUAUCAACACCCAAGGCUGUUACACCCCAUACUAACAAAUCGGCCCGCAAGACCCCACUAUUAGCAGAUGCGAAAACUCCUUUAGGUAGUCGUUUCUUGGCCGAUGGGAAAGAAAAUGCUACACCGUCGACAACUAGUAGUCGCAAAUCCAAGGAAGCAGCUGUGGCCCGCAUUCACAGUGCUGCUCCAGACAUUGCUCUGUACGAGAAGGAGAAAAAACGAGUCGGUGGAGUGAUAUACGGGGGACGUCGCAAGAAUGAUGCCGAUCUCGUAUCUAUAAAUAACAAGAAAAGGCGAUCAGCCGAGCCCGAGGAAGAUGCCGAUGCUGAGGACGACAAAACCGAUGCCAAGCGCCAGAAAGCAUCGAAACCCUCAGUAUCCAUUCGUCUCUCCAUUACCAGUUAUCAGAAAUGGGUGGGGAAUAUGAAGAAGGAAGAUUCAGAUAAACGAAAAUUGCGUGACCUAGGUAUUGCUGUUGUUCAAGAUGCAAAAAAGUGUACUCAUCUUGCGGCGCCAUCUAUUCUACGGACACCGAAAUUUGUCAAUGCUUUGGCAUACGCUCCCGUUAUCGUUAACGUUGAAUACAUAACGCAAUGCCUUGAGAAAAACAAGUUGCUUGACCCAACCGAUUACAUUCUGGUAGAUGAAUCAACCGAGAAGAAAGUUGGGUUCACUCUGGCGGCUGCACGUGAGAGAGCCAAAAAGAACCAGAAUAAGCUCCUUCGAGGUUAUAAAAUCUGUUGUUUGGAGAACAUUCGCGGCGGGUUUGAAGCCUUCAAGUCAAUCGUCGAGGUUAACGGAGGCGAAUGCACACUGUUCCGAGGACGUGUUUCGAUUAAGGAUUCCCGAAAUCGCGACUCGAGCUCCGAUAUUGAAGAUCAAAAUGAAGAUCCUUCAAAGGAGGGUGAUGUUUUCCUUCUCAGUGGUGAUGAGUCUGAGCAUGUCAAGCUCUGGCCUCGGUUCCGGCAAAUGGUAUUUGAGGUCGGCAAGACACCGCGCAUUGUCAACGUCAACUGGCUGAUUGACAUUGCCAUGUCUCAAGAAAUUCGCUGGAAGGACGAGUAUGAGUACACGGACGAAGAUGGCGCGAAUUGAUGAGUUAUAAUGGACGAAGCUGUGUACAUAAGUAAUGUACGUGAAGCUUCUACGGUUUGCAGUGGCCAUGUUUGCAUGUACACGGAUACGAUUUAGGCGUCGUUUGAAUAUACCACUUUUCAGGCAUCACGAUAGCAAUAUGAGAUGUUGUUUUAAAAGAAUUUAACACCUUUUUCGUCAUCGCCGCCAAAUAUCUGAGCUUUGC